UCGCUGUCUUGUGAACCACGACAUUCUGAGCACAUUUAUCACAAUCCUCGUUGAGACCAUAGAGGUUCGGAGUCAAACUUAUCCCAACGCGGAAACCUUGCUGUCUCCGCACCGGGGAAUCGGAAUCGGCCGAGAGCACAACCCACUCACAUGGUUCGGGGUCAUCUUUCCCUCCGAGUCACGCCCCCUCCUUCUCCUCCGCACUGACGAAGCCGACGACGCAAACGCCUAUCCCCCUUCCCCCCUUCGCUUGCACGACAGGGCCCAAUGGCAUCGUCAUCAGACAUUGCCCAGUUCACGUCCGUCUUCCGUGCCCAGUCUCUGUCCGACCACCGGCACAGGGUGACCAAGCGCAACCGUCAACCCGUCUCGUGCCUGGCCUGCCGCGCGCGAAAGCUGCGGUGUGACCGCGCCUCGCCUUGUGGCGCUUGUGCCAAGCGCGGAGAUGGGGAUGCCUGCAAGUUCGGGGCUGGGGUGUCCGGGAAUAGUGGAAACGGCAAUGAGGGCGAUAGCGGCCGCGGUAGUCACGCUGCUGCUGCAGUCUCCUCGAGCUCGGGAUCUCAACAUGGCGCUCACGGCGAAAUUGGAGAAGCAGUGGGAGAAGGUUUGCUACAGCAGCGGCCAGAAUUGCAGCAGCGGCUACAGAAGCUAGAGGGCAUGGUCCAGGACCUCGUGCGGAUAGGCCUCUCUUCGUCCCAAGCACGGGAUCGGACGGCGCCGGGCCCCACUAAACCCUCCACAGGGCCGACGCCGACAAACUCGGAGCCCGGGAGCAGCGGCCACUCGCCGGCUCCGAUCCCACCAGACGGACAAGACGCCUACUACGGCGCCACGCACUGGACCGCCCUUCUUCAACACAUCCGCGAGAUCCAGACGGCCCUCGAGCCGGAUCCAACCGUCCUCCCGGAACCACCGGAAGGCGGCGCAUGCUCCAUCGGUCCGGAUUUCCUCUUCGGCGCCGUCGUCGCCGUCUCGUUGCCGGAGGUCUUGUCCAGUCUACCCCCGCGCCAGGACCUGGACAAGUUGCUGAGCGUGUACUUUCACGCCCGGUUCAGUGCCGCUCCCUUUAUUCACGUCGGCCGCUUCCAACGCGAGUACGAGGCGUUCUGGAAGAAGCCCGAGGGUGCAAGCUUUCUCUGGAUAAGCAUCCUCUUCUCCAUCAUCUCCAACGCCGCAAUCAUCGUCCGCGGUAAGGGGAGUGUGGAAACGCUGGGCCUGAACCGCAGACUGAAGGAACCCUCGGCCUACACCGGCCGCGCGGUGCAGUGCCUCAUCAAGGGGGAUUACCUCGCCGCCGGGGCCUACUCUGUCGAGGCGACCAUCCUAGUCGCCUACACUAGGGUAAUGGGGAGCAAAGACAUGGACCCGACCCUGUCCAACAUGUUUGGCGUCGCAACGAGGCUUGCGCAGCGGAGGGGCUACCAUCUCGACCCGAAGCACCUGUCGACACCCAUCUCUCCCUUCGAGGCCGAGAUGCGCCGCCGGGCCUGGUUCUACUGUGAGACUUUUGACUUGCUACUCUCUUUCCAGUUAGGCAUGCCCGCCAUCGUCCACGAGAGCGACGGCGACGCCCGCGGGCCCGAGAACCACCCCGACGAGGACUUUGACGAGGACACCAUAACAAUGCCCCCACCGCGGCCGCCGACGGAGCCGACCCCGAUGCUGUACUACUGCUGGAAAUCCAAGCUCUGCCGCAUCUUGAGGAGGGUGAUCCGCCACGCGCUAAGCCCGGCGCAGCCUGCCUACGCUGAGACUUGUGCGCUUAAUGACGCCCUGCACACGUGGCACGACGAGCUGCCGACGACGAUGCGCGUGAGGCCGAUACGCGCGACGGGGUUCACGGAGCAGAACUACACCGUCAUGCAACGGCUGAUGCUCGAGCUCAUGUACAGCAAGGCCCUGUGUGUGCUGCACCGGGCGUAUCUCAGCAGAGACAAGGCGGACCCGCGGUUUGCGGCGUCAAGGGAGAUCUGCCGGGAUGCAGCGCUGAGGGUGCUCGACCUGCACGCCGAGUUCGAUCGGGAGGCGAGCCCGGGUGGGAGGCUGUACGAGGAUCGGUACAUGUUGAGUAGCCUGACGUUGCACGACUUUAUGAUUGCUGCUAUGGUGGUUUGUUUGGAUUUGAACGAGAGCACGGAUACGAGCGACGAGGACUACGAGAGGAAGAUGUCGGCCCUCAGAACGGCGAGCGGAAUCUGGUCGAACCGGUCGAGCUGCUCCCGGGACGCUAGGCACGCGGCAACGGUCCUGCGGGCGAUGGUCCAGCGGCUGACGAGUCAGAGGAUGUGUAAAUCUGGCUCAAGGACCGGAGACCUGAGGACUGCAACGGCGGACGUCGGCGAAAAUGGCUGCUGCGACCAAGACCCGACGUCGUUCAGCCAGUCUUCGGCUGCGAGCUCCGGAUUAGGGGACGCCGGUGGCGGCGGCGUCGGAUGCGGUCAGCUCUACGGGGUGGGGAUUGAUCACGGGUUUGAUUUCGAUUAUAUGACGCUGGAUAACGUGCUGAACGACCCUUCGAAUCUUGACUGGACUUUGUUGGACCAGUACUGGAUGCCGGACCGGAGCGAUCAGCCGGCAAUGGACGUUUCCUUGUAACAAUCUCGCAACGAUCGACGGCAUAUAGAAUACAUGAAGCGGGGGGUGGGGGCACCGAGCGGAUAACGCUGGGGCUGGAACAAACAAGUUUCGUUAUUCCAGCUUGACCGAACGCAGGGCCCUUAUAUGUCACAUCAUUCUAAUCGGCGAGGCGAAGUGGUUCUCGCUUUGAAAUACGACCGGGACCAUUGCAUCGACAUGUGUGGUUGACUGUGGGAACAAGCUUUGAAGUGGGAAACCCAGGGAACUCACAACGAUGCCAAACAGACGCCAUCCAAGCAUCUUCUGGUCUGCUCGGUCAUGAUACAUGGUUUGUUUCGAGGCUAUGCUGGACUAUGGGAUUAAAAAUCCUGACGGCGUACUAGCGGUGCUGUUAUCGAUGUGCAUUGGGUAUAUAUAUAUAUAUAUGAAGCUUCGAGGGGAGUAGAAUGAUGGUUGGAAGAUCUGGACCUGAAGGUACAGUUUGACGUGCUCAAAAGCCACUGACGAGAUCGUCCACUUCGAGGUAUUGAUGCUUAUCCCGAGAUGCAUUUGGCAGCCAGAUAUACCCCCCUCCCCCCCCCACUGCCCUAAAGUGAAAAAUUCAGCAUCUUGGCCGAGGGGAGGCUGCAAGUACAUUUGGCUACCUAGUCCGACGUCGACAAACGACAUCAACCGCCCUGACAGCGAGACGAAAAUCAAUCAGCCAUCGACACAUCCCGGUUCCCUGGCAUUGUCUUGCCUACAAUGCGAAGGCGCACAUCAGUGAUAGAUGGGGAAGUACUGCAUUAUCUUGAAAGAGGUGAGGAUUGGGUUGGAAACACGUGUCAUUCGGAUCUCAAAUUCCCUACGAUGUCAAAAAUACUCCCCCUCCCUACAGAAUA